AUGCACUUCGUGCCUCUCUACACAAACACCUCCAUUGGGACAGUGGCCUUGACCACCGCACCUGAGGCCUCAAGCAGUGACUCCAACACUCUCGACGAGUUUCAGAUCUACCAAAGGUUCCGGUUGAAGGUGGUCUCCACUUUCGGAUCGAUGGCGGCCGGACUCUUCGAGUUCGGAGCCGACCCAGAGACCGGGAGGAUAUCUCGCAGAGCCUUCGUGCAGAUCUGCUCUUCCAAGCUCGAAAUGAUGAGCGAAAAGGAGGCAACGCUGCUCUUUCUCCAUUUCACAAAUGCAGAUCCUUGGAGUGGCAGUGUCAAUGACUACGCAACGUACAAAGAUCUGAGCAUCACUGAUGAGGAGUGGGCCUAUGUUGUGGCCAGCAAGCAGGAGGCAAAGUCUGCAAACUCCACGGCUAUCCCCUUUUCAUCGGCUCCAUCAGGUGUGAGUACAGGGCUGUAUCACCGAUCCAUCAGUGUGAACCAGGUCAGUGAGCAGCGAACUGCGAGGGAAGCAUCCACUCCCAUGAGUCAAGGAAACAGCGCAGCAUCGGCAACAAGCCAAGCUCGCUUGACAAAGCUGUCGAGCUCCUCGAAGAGGAGCGUGCCAUGGAGGCAACAGCAGAAACCCUGGGCUCCGUCGGUAAUGGCCGGCAUGGACUUGCCUGUGGCAAUGGAG